AUGACGAAUGACUCCUGGUUGUCCGUGCUAGGAGAAAUCUGCAAAUCCCAUGGCAAUGAAGAUCAGCACAACAAGCAGAGAAGGCAUUUGAGAAAAUGUAUGAUACAGAGUCUCCAUGCAAGUGAAGAACAUAAAGUAGAGAAACAUAAAGAAGGUAAUCAGUGUAGAAAAACUUUAAGCCAGAUUGCAGAUCUUCCUAGGACCAGAGGAACUCCUGGUGGUAUAAAUCUCUCUGAAUGUUGUGAAUGUGGGAAAGCUUUCAUUGAUCAUAAAUUUGAUCGUCACUUCACAUCUCACACUGGAUAUAAAUUUUAUUCAUUUAAGGAAUGUGAAGAAGCCUACAGUUGUCCUUCUUACCUAAAAGUUUGUUCAAGAGCACUUACUACAGAGGAACUUCGUAAAUGUCGGAAUUCUGGGGGACUUUUUAAUUGUUCCUCACACCUUGGUAAACAUAUGAGAACUCACGGUGGAGAAAAGCCUUAUGAAUAUAAGGAAUGUGGGAAAGCUUUUAGUCGGUCCCCAGCCCUGUCUGUUCCUGUAAGAACUCAAAGUGGGAAGAAGCCUCAUGAAUGUAAGGAGUGUGGGAAAGCCUUUCGUUAUUACUCACAACUCACUAGACAUACGAGAACUCACAGUGGAGAAAAGCCUUAUCAAUGUAAGGAAUGUGGGAAAGCCUUUAGUUGUUUAUCAUACUUCAUGGGACAUACCAGAAGUCACAGUAAAGAGAGACCUUAUCAAUGUAAGGAAUGUGGGAAAACCUUUAGUUGGUCCUCAUACCUCAGUAAACAUAUGAGAACUCACAGUGUAGUGAGGCCUUAUACAUGUAAGGAAUGUGGGAAAGCCUUUAGUUGUUCCUCAUACCUCAGUAAACAUGUGAGAACUCACAAUGAAGAAAGGCCUUAUGAAUGUAAGAAAUGUGGGAAAGCAUUUAGGAAGGCCUCAUACCUGUCCCUACAUGAAAGAACAUACAGUACUGAGAGGCCUUAUAAAUGUAAGGAAUGUGGGAAAGCUUUUAUAUGGCCCUCAGGCCUGUCUGUUCAUAUAAGAACUCACAGCGGAGAGAGGCCUUAUGAGUGUAAGGAAUGCGGGAAAGCUUUUAGACGGUCCUCAGCCCUAUCUGAUCACGUAAGAACUCACAGUGGAGAGAAGCCUUAUGAAUGUAAAGAAUGUGGGAAAGCCUUUACUCGUUCCUCAAACCUCAUUAGACAUAGGAGAAUUCACUGA